AAUUUCUCAUGAGAAUUUCACCCUAUAAAAAUAGGGCAAUAACUGUAUUCUAUUAUCCAGUAUUGUUAUUGAUCCUCUGAGAUCUUCAUCUGAGAUGUCUGCUAAUAUGGCCAUUGUGAUUUUCGGCGUGCUUUUUUGUCUCAUCAAUGUUGGGCUUUGUGCCCCAGCACGUAAUGAAAGUCUCCAAGGAAAAUCCCUGAGCUUUGAAGGGCAAACAGAUUCUAGUUAUGUUAUCUUAUAUCCAGAAAAAUCCCCUGACCUGGAUGCCUUCACACUUUGCCUCCGGCUAUCUUCUGAGUUCACCAGUGACCGUGAAAUGAUUCUGUUCUCCUACUUUGGUGAUGGAGCUGAUCAACUGAAUCUAUGGAGAGAGCUGGAUGGGCGUUUCUCAUUAUACCUUGGAAACAGUUUUUUUGGAGUGUCAUUCUCUCUACCCCAGAUCAGCACAUUUGGCACCCAACUUUGCGUCACAUGGGAGUCUUCAUCUGGUACCACUGCCUUCUGGGUUGAUGGUAAAAUGUCAGUGAGAAAAACAUAUCUUCAAAACCACAGGGUGCGUCUUGGUGGGACUGUAAUACUCGGGCAAGAUCAGGAUACCCAAGGGGGAAAAUUUGAUAAAUUGCAAAGCUUUGUGGGUGAAAUCACUGACGUCCAUCUGUGGGAUUAUGUUGUGUCACGUGAAUCCAUCAAUAAGAAAUUUGCUAAAGUUGGGAAUGUUAUCGAUUGGGGGUCAGUUACCUACGAAACUGUAGGGAAAGUAAAGAUACAUGAAAGUUAGGAAAAAUGUAUGUAGAAGAGCAGUCAUAGUCAAGUUCUGGAGAGGACCCUGACAUGCAGACAAGAUGGGGCCUUUAAACUGGAGUUUGGACAGUAUGUGAAUAAGCAAUGUCAAACUUGCAAACCUUCAGCUGUUGUUGAGCUACAACUCCUAGUUCCAGCAUCCCAACCCAACUUCAACAACACCAGAAGGCCCACUAGUUGGACAUUGCUAAUCUAUACCCUGAAAAAACCUAACUAAUUGGUAUACAAUAUAAUACAGAGUUACCCAGAUAUUACUUAGAGGCGUACUUUUGUGAUGCUGUCCCAUCAAGAUAUCCCGCCUCAAUGACAUUGUUGGAACUCCGUAACAAUGCCAUGGAAAAUAAAACAAAAUGACAUCUAGUCUGGUCACCAUCUCAAAAUCUACAGUUAUUCCACCCAAGUAAAAUGUGUAGUAUUUAGUAGAAAUAUGUCUAAAGCAACUGGACUUUCUAAGUUUUCUUGAAGACUUUCCACCACUCGUCCAAGUGGCUUUUUCAGUUCUGAACUUGCAAAGUCCAGUUGCUUUAGACUUACUUCUAUUAGAUACCGUAUUUCAUGGCCCGGAUGAAUGAAAAUCAUCAUACAUGUAAAAUGUCCUGUUUUCUAUCAUCACUGUUUUUACCUCCAGUAGGCCCUCUUAUGCUGCGGGUCAGGGCCCUCUCUCCUGCUCUCUGCCCCAGAAAUGCUCACUUAUUUAAUCGUAUUGUAUUUAUUUUGGAGUGUUCAGUUCCCCUUUAAAAUUAGAAUUAAACAGAUCUUUGGUCCUGCAUUGUGCAACCAGAUACAAAUUCCAAACAACAAUGUUCACAACCAAGGUUUUGCAGCAAACAUACUGUACAGCAAAUUUGUGAGGCUGGGCAGAGAACUCAAAUUAAUUUUGCUUGUCGGCAAAAGCAAAUUGUUUUUGGGAAAGGGGGAGGCUUAGUGACAUAAAAUUGCUCCAGCCCAUCAUCAGUUGUGAGACUAUAUGUAUACAAAGUAGGGUGACUGGGCCCAUCAGAGAGCUGUUGCUAGUUAGAGCAAUUAUACUUUCAUUUGUUUCAUCUUUUUACAUUUCCUUUAAAUGUGAGAACUGUGUAAUUUGAAUGUUAAUGGGCAAUUGAACACUUAAAAAUAAGUAUGUAAAAUUUCUUGGCAUGUUUUGAGAGCUUGUGCAGAUGCUCUUUUGUUGUUUUUACCAUGAUAUUAGCAGUUUUACACUUCUUUUAUCAAGCAAUGUCAGUCAGCAGCAAGGGCAAGAAAGGUUUUACACUGUGUAUUAAAGGGAUUUAGACUGAGAAAGAGGAGAUAGUUCUUUACAUUUUCAAAUAACCGGUAAGGCUCCAUCUAGAAUAGCAAAAUCAGUUUUGGUCUUCAGUGCUUAGAAGAGACAAAGUGCAAAGUGGUUUCCAGUACAAAGAAGAUUAAGCUAGCAAAGGGUAUGGAAGGUGUCCGUUAUGAAGGGAACUAUAAUAUGAUAAAUAUGAUAUAAUAACUAUUUAUAAAUAUAUAAAUACACAAGGGGACUGUAUAAUAAACUGUCUGAUGCUUUUUAUUUACCAGUAGGUUCUUCCAGCAGAUAUGAUUACAUUCCGAAUACAAGAAAGGAGUUUGUAUUUUAAUAUUUGUAGGAGGCUUUACAGUGAGAGCUGUGACAUUGUGGAAUUCUCUCCCUCAAUCAGCUGCAUUGGCCGAUGCAUUAAAUAGAUUCAAGAAGGGGUUGAAAGGAAUAAAAAAAUACAGGGUUAUUGAUAUGAAUUGAUGAGUAUUGAUGGGUCAAUCUGCCUGGUAUAAAAGAGGUGUUCGCCUUCUGAAAGUAUUCCCUAGUUACA